CUUUUUUUUCUAUAUACUUGUUUUUGUGAUUUUUUUUAAACACAACAAUGAUGCAGAACACGUCAUAAUUUUGAACAAAGUUCGUCACAAAAAGAGUGGGGCAUGUCGAGCUGCGUGCAGUAUGUAACUGACUACAGAGUAGAGUGCAACUAUUUUAUUUAUUUAUAUAUAUUUCUGUAUAGUAGUAGAGUAAUAGUUUCCACUAUCUGGUCUUUAAUAACAACCUAACCUCAAAAAAAUACUUAAAAUAUGUUUCUAUAUGACAUAUACAAUGUAUAUAAUACAUGUACUUAAUCUAAUUAUCGUUAAGAAAAUUGUGUCAAGAUAAACAAAUUCAUAUAUAAAUAUCUAUAAACUCGUGCGUUUUAUCAAAGAAGAAUUUUAUCAACAAAUGCAAAAACGAAAUUUUUAAUAAACAGUGAAUAAGUUUAUUCGCGGUGUCUUUGUUGAUUCAAAAAGAAGAUCUAAAUGUGAGAGAGAGAGAAGCUUUCGGAUAAAAAAAGGGUGUGAUAUAAAUAUAGCGAAGAGUAUUAAAUUUUACACACGCAGUCAGUAUAGAGAGAGAGAGGAUGCAUCAUCAUGACAUUGCCUCGGUUAUCGAACCUUGUUGCCUACUGUGGCGUUGUAUAUGAUGGAACGAUUGUUUAAAUGGCUUGUAAAAUUUUUGUGUAGUGAAAAGCAAAUUUUCCUUUGGAUUUAAAUGAAAUAAAAUAAUGAUGCCACUUGAUUCAAUUUGUUUCGAAACGCUUUACGCGCAGUGUUACACCUAUUACUAUUAAUAGAUUAUUUCCUAUACGGAUCAAGAAAAACAAAAGUGUAAAAUGUCACGAGUGUCGCUCAAAUCACAAUAUAGCCAAUACGGCUCACGUAGAGUACGAAAAAUAAGCACGACGGAAAGCGAGUAUUCAGUAGAGGAACAAGCGAAAUUAACAGGAGAUGGAGGUGCUGAUGAGACAUCUCCUGAAGAUGAUGUAUCGUUAUGUGACUAUCAUGACAUACCACCACCUCCAGAUGGUGGCUAUGGUUGGGUUGUGGUAUUUGCAUCAUUUAUGUGUAAUAUGAUAGUUGAUGGAAUAGCAUAUACAUUUGGAAAAUUUCAUCAACCAUUUGCUUUGCAUUUUAAUGAGAGUCAAGCGACAACGGCAUGGGUUGGUUCUCUUUUAUCUGGCGUAUACCUCAGCGCAGGUCCUAUUGUCAGCGCAUUAACUAAUAAGUAUGGUUGUAGAAAUGUGUGUAUAGCUGGUAGUUGUAUUGGUGCUAUUGCAUUUGUCUUGUCAAUUUUUUCAAGCUCCAUCAAUAUGCUAAUUUUAACUUAUGGAGUAUUAGGAGGUAUUGGUUUUGGUCUCAUUUAUUUGCCAGCUGUAGUUUGUGUAGGAUAUUAUUUUGAAACAAAGAGAUCAUUAGCCACGGGAAUAGCUGUUUGUGGUUCAGGAUUUGGAACUGUUUUUUUUCCCUCACUUGCUGAAAUUUUACUCACCGAAUAUAAAUGGCAAGGGGCAAAUUUAAUUUUAGCUGGUCUUAUACUUAAUUGUGUGGUUUUCGGAGCAUUAAUGAGGCCAUUGGAAUACGCAAAACCAUCGUCAGUGAAACCAUUACUUCAAAGAAUGGCAGAAGAAAAAAGAUUUCAAAUGGAACGUGGAAGUAUUGGAGGAUCAUAUUUUAUGGUACAACUUCCUGAUGGUUCAAUGGAAAAGAGAAUGAAAAUGCCAAUUAACAUUGACCCUGGCGUACACUCCAGUUUCAACUUAGACCAAUUAGUGCCUGGAACUCCGCUGACUCCAGUACCAACUGUGCCGACAUUGCCAACAAUAUCGGAAGUAAAAGUGCAGGAGCACUCGUCAAGUGGAGCGACAAGUAAUAGUGGAAGUAUGGAUUUAAAAAGUUCGUCAACCAAAUCAAAAAGUAAAAAAGCCAUAGAUGAUACCAAAGAAAUAAAAGAUGUUUUGGAUAAACCUGAUGAAUUUAAUAAAACUGUUAUUCCACGCAAUGCAUCUCAACCGGCAUUCACAACACAUGUUCAAGGAUUACCGAAAAAUGGAUCAGUUCCCUUUUUUGAUAGAAUUCGAAAAACAAGUACAGGCGAAAGAUAUAAGCCAAGUCUUAGUGCAAUUAAAAAUUCGAGAUCAACAUUAAAUUCAAAUGGAGAUAUUAGAAAGAGUUUACAUCUACGUCUUUCUGUUAGCAGUAUGUUGGGAUCACGAAAUAAUAAUACCGAAUUAGAUGAUGGAGAGAGUAUAACUUUCACGACAAGUAAAUUAAGUCUGAGACAGGCAAUGCCAAAAGAAAAGCCUAUGAUAGUUCGUCCUUUAUCUCGAAAAGAUAUUUUUUAUAGUGGUAGUGUAGUUAAUUUACCAGAAUAUCAGAGUCAAAAAUCAUUAACUAAUUAUCGUCAAAGUGUUAUUUCACUAUCAAAAUCAGUGCGUGGUGAUGUUAGAGAUGGUGAUUUUGAAAAAGGCCCUCAACAACCACUAUGUCCUUGUUUGGUUUUACCUAAUUCUUUUAAAGAAGCCUUGGGAACAAUGUUGGACAUGACACUAUUGAAAAAUCCCGUAUUUCUGAUGAUUGGAAUAAGUAAUAUUUUUGGAAUGGCUGCCACUUACAUUCCGUUUGUUUAUCUUCCACGAGCUGCUGAAAAUGAUGGAAUUGAUAAGAAUUUGGCGACAUUUUUGCUCUCUGUUAUUGGAAUAACAAAUAUUGUUGGGCGUAUUGCUUGUGGAUAUAUUGCAGAUUUUCCACAAGUUAAUUCUUUACUGUUAAAUAAUAUCUGCUUAAUAGUGUGUUCUUUUUCACUGGCUGCAACACCACUCUGUUAUUCUUAUGGUGGCUAUGUAGCUGCCAGUGUUUUCUUUGGACUCGCAAUAUCGGGAUAUAUUUCUCUAACGUCAAUUAUCCUGGUGGAUCUUUUGGGACUGGAUAAAUUAACCAAUGCUUUUGGAUUACUAAUUUUAUUCAGAGGAGCAGCGGCAAUGAUAGGACCGCCAAUUGCUGGUGCAAUUAAUGAUGCAACCGGAAGUUAUAGUGUAACAUUUUAUAUGGCAGGAUUUCUUUUUCUUCUAAGUACUAUUACCAGUUUUAUGGCUCCUAUGAUGAAGCGUUGCAUUGCUCCACAGACACAGCCUUUGGUAUUAGAUCAAUUAACACCUAUUGAUGAAGAUAUUGAAGAAGAAAAUGAGGACGAUAUACCAGAAAUUGUGGAAACUGCUCCAUCACCAGUAGAUCCACCCGAAAAAGAAAUUAAACAAAUUGAAUCUGUUUUAUAAUUAUAUACUCCAAGCUAUUUUGCUUCUUUUUAAUUUUUUUUUUUUUUUUUUUUUUUUCAUUAGGAAAUUGCCUACCCUCCAAGCCAUUCUGUGAUAGAGCUGUUUCUUGGAGUAGGCCAAACUAUAUAAAAAAGGGUAUUUUUUCAUCAUUCUCUUAUAAUAAAUACCACGAGAACGAACAAAGCACAAAUUGACUAAAAAAAAAAGGAAAACAAAUUUUUCCCCACGGAGUUAUUAAAAUAUGCACUUAAAAUGCACCAAAAUGAAUAUAUCGACUGCAAUUGACCAAAGCCUGAAAAAUGAAACUCCGUCGGGUAAAAAAAGAAAAGAACUGUUUUUUUAGUUCAUAAUCGGCCUCUGUCGAAGUGUAGAUUCUUUAAGUAACUUAAUCAGUAUCGAACGUCAGUAUAAAAAAAAGAAAUUCGAAAGAAAAUCAUGAAACAAAAAUGCGCUUUUGCACGUGCAUAUCGGUUAAGAUUGAAAGAAAAACAAAAAUGUAAAUAGAAACGUAGAAUAAAAAUUUCUUUGUCAAAUUCUCUACGUUUCAAUUUACUUUUUAUUAGAGGUUUCAUCUCUAUUUCGAUUAUUAUAUCCCUAGGCUUAAAUUAUUCGCGGCAAACCGAUGUUUAUUGCACUUAAAUUGUACAUAAGAUCGACGUGACUGAAUGAAUCAAUCAAUUAUAAUAUUAAAAAAAAGAAAAAAAAUACACGCAGAAAUAUAUAAAGCAACGCCUGCCGCGGAACGAACCUCUUGUAAAUAUUAUAUUGCAGAGACUUGUGAUAAAAAGAAACAGCAAAAUUUGCAAAAUCAGUAUGUCAUAAUGACGAUUCAAACUUCUCUUUAAAAAAAAGAAAAAAUGAAAUUUGAUCUAUCGAUAAAAUUGUGAAGAUUCAAAAAUAACGAUAAAUCAAUUUUCCAUUUAAGCGUUCGAGGAUUCCGAUUAUCGGCUAUAAAAUAUAGUUUGAAUUAAUUAAUUUACAAAUUUUUCGAAACUUUCUAAAAUAUUGAAGAAUUAAUUAACACAAACUAUAAAUAAGCGAACUAAUUUUGUUAUGCACAGUGAAAAAAACGCUGUUUAACUAAUCCUGUGACUUAAAAAAAGCAAAAAGAAAAAAAAAUAGGCGAAGAAUUAUUAUUGAUAUUAUGUGAUUUAUAAUAUAUAUAUAUAAAUAUAAUUGUAUAUAAAAAUCUUGUUAAAAGUACUUAGUUACUGAAAAAAUGUUUUAAAUUUAAUGUUUUGUGUUUGGAAUGAUAUCGUUGAAAAUUAUACAAUUUUAAAGUAACUGCAAAAAAUACAAUUUUCCAAAAACUAAUAUUCUUGUUAGGUAGCCACGCUACCUGGAAAUUCUGGAAAAGUCAGGGAAUUUUAUAAAUCUGGAAAAACCUGCAGGAAAUUUUCCUUCAAACCCUGGAAAACAACCAAUUUUGAAUAUAUUGUUCCAGUCUAAAGUUAAAAGUUUUGUGAUUGGCUUAUUAUUUUGCUAAAUUGUUGUCUUAUUUUAAAGCAAUAAAUUCCUAAAAUAUUAACUAAUUAAAACAAAAAAAUUGUAGAAAGUAUCUUGAACACAAAUUAAUAAAUUUUAAUUUUCAACUGA